GCCCAGCCAAUCCGCGCCCCGCGGCGGGCAGGACUCCAGCCAAUCGCAGCUCGCGGUUCGGCUCCGGGGUGGAGCUGGGUGAGUCCCAGGCCAGAAGAAGAGGCCCCCGAGAGGCUAGCAAGGCCCCUACCCAGCACUGGAGGGUUGCAGAGCUGCUGACGUUCCAGGAGGUAGUCGUUGUGAACCUUGCAGCUGAGGGCAUCAUGGUAGGAGGCUUGAAGAGAAAACACUCAGAUUUGGAGGAGGAAGAGGAGGAUGAGAAGUGGGACUGGGGUCCAGCAGGCCUUCGAAGCUGCCAGCAAGCCCUGCUCCGCAUCUCCCUAGACAAAGUCCAGCGAAGCUUGGGCCCCCGAGCACCCAGCCUCCGCAGGCAUGUCCUCAUCCACAACACCCUCCAGCAGCUCCAGGCUGCGCUUUGUUUGGCUCCAGCACCUGCCCUUCCCCCUGAGCCGCUCUUCCUGGGUGAGGAGGACUUCUCCCUGUCGACCACCAUCGGCUCUAUUCUCAGGGAGCUGGAGACUUCUAUGGACGAGACUGAGCCCCCUCAGAAUCCAGUGGCUCCCCUGGGCCUCCAGAACGAAGUGCUGCCCCAGCCGGAUCCAGUCUUCUUAGAAGCUCUGAGCUCCCGAUAUCUGGGGGACUCUGGUCUGGAUGACUUUUUUCUGGACAUUGACACAUCCACAGUGGAGAAGGAGCCUGCACUGGCCCCACCAGAGCCAACUCACAACCUCUUCUGUGCCCCAGGGUCCUGGGAGUGGAAUGAACUAGAUCACAUCAUGGAAAUCAUUCUGGGAUCCUAAAAACUGAUUUGGAGAUCGGGGGUGGGGAUGCUGCCUCCACAUCUCAGCCGCAGUGGGCUGGAUCCCAGGGUGCAGCCGUGUGUGUGUGUGUGUGUGUGUGUGUGUGUGUGUGUGUGUGUGUGUGUGUGUGUGUGUUUUGGUGGGGGCUCUAAGCAGUGACUGUGGCCUCCUUUCCUUCCAUUUCAGGGUUCCACAACUGUCUUGCAUGUGUGCGUGUGUCUGGUUACCACAGCCUUCUGUGAAGGUGGGUCUUCCUGAAUUAAUUUAUCUGUUCCAAAUGCCUUAAUGAGACUCUGUUUCUGUGAGUCUGAAUUCCCACUUCCACAUUUCUUCUGCCUUGCCCUCCAGUUCCUGCUCCCCUUGUGACCACUGGGGCCUCAGGGAAGAUAAGCUGGGCCUGUCAAAGGAUGACAGGGAUGUGCUGCCUGGUUGCUAUGGAAACACAGACUCUGCCUCUUUUACCUCCAGUGAGGAGGAGGGGCUUGCCUCCUCCCCCCAGGCAGAACCCCACCUCCUUGGCGGGACCCCAGUCCCAGCAGCCUCCUGAUUUAUAACCAGGCCGGACCACGUGCAAUAGGGUGGAAACCGAACUGCUCCAUGCCGCGUUAUUUAAAAGAAAGGCGGGUUUUGUGGUGGUUUUUUUGAUUGUAAUUAUUUUUUUUUAAUAAAAGUAUUUUGG